AUGCUCGCGCAACCGCACGCGCUCGCCGCCGCGCUCCUGUGCGCGCUGGCCGGCCAGAUCGGCGCUGGCGCCAGCUUCCACUGCGCCAUGCGCAGAGAAAUCUCGCCCUGCACCUGCCGCAGAGAGGACAAGGGCACCGGCGCCAUCCUAGUCGUCUGUCAGCGUAUCAGCGCCUACGAAGACAUCGCGAGAGCCCUCACCAACAAGUUCAGCCCGGAGACCAAGAUUGGAUUAGACAUCUCCUACUCGAACCUACCAGACUUCACUGAACACAGCUUCCGAGAACUCGGCCUCUCUAUCACGAGACUCAAACUGAAUUUCGACAACUUAAGUGACUUGAAAGAGAGCGUGUUCACGAAGUUGGAUCUCGUGGACUACUUCAGCUUAGCGGACAAUUCGCUGGCUGACCUGCCAAGACACGUCCUCCGCCACCUGCCGCACGUCAAGACCCUUGAUCUCUGCAGGAACAAGAUCACGAAGCUGACCGAAGAUGAUUUCAGAGACAUACAAGAACUAGAGCAUCUGUUGGUAGCUGACAAUCAGAUAUCCAAGAUUGAAAGAGACGCCGUGCCAAAGGCGCUGAAACACGUGCACCUGGGCAUCAACAAACUCAUCAGUUUGAACGGGGCCCUUCGAGAUCUGGACGACCUUGAGUGGAUAUUCAUCAAUGCCAACAACUUGAAAUCUAUUGACAAUGAACUACCUAUUAAAGCUAAAAAGAUUACACUUAUCCAUGCUGCGCACAACGAAUUGCAAAACUUGCCAAAAGAUAUGAAGCAAAUGCCAUCACUGGAGUCUCUAUAUUUUUACGGCAAUAAGAUCAAGUCUCUCGAUGGAGCUUUACAAAAAUCUAGACGUUUACAAAGGAUCGGCUUAUCUUUUAACAAAAUAGAAAGCUUGGCUGAAGACGAAUUUAGCGAAGCAGAAAAAUUAAUGGACUUAGAUAUCGCUUACAAUCAAGUCAAAUCUUUAAACGGUUCGCUGAGAAGUUUGAAAUCGUUGAGAUAUUUGAAUUUGACCCAUAAUUUCUUGACGGAAUUUUCCUUACAAGAAAUCAAGGGAUUGAAAAGGUUAUCUGUUAUAGACUUGUCUCACAACAAAAUAUCUCAUAUAACGGGAAGUAUGGAAAAUUUGGUGGACGUUGAGACCCGUGUGUUGGAAUUAAGAUUGGACCAUAAUUACUUAAUGAGUUUAGGAGGGGCUUUGAUGGGCUUGCAUGGUCUUUUGAGACUAAACUUGAGCCACAAUCAGCUGCAACAAAUCUCUCCAGAUGAUUUGAUUGGCCUCGACGAGUUAAAACUGCUUGAUGUCUCUCAUAAUCACAUUACGUCUUUAGAAGAAACGUCGAAGACCUUUUUGCCUUCUCUGGAAGAAUUAUUAGCUCACCACAACAAUAUUACUUUGCUGGAUAAAGAUUUCCAUGGCCUGCCAUCUCUGUGCAUGGCUGAUCUUUCAUACAACCAGAUACAAUCUGUGAAUUAUGAUCUCGUUUCAAAGUCAAGGUGCACCAUAAACGGAGUGCCCAGUAUUUUGAAGAUUUAUCUUCAAGAUAACCCAGUGCUGUGCGACGAUCGGCUGUUUGAGCUCAUGACUGUGCUGGAGAGCCUGAACGCGCGCGUGAGCGGCGUGUCCACGUGCGUCGCCACGCAGACGUCGGCGCCGGCGCUGAUGCGCGCGCUCAACGACAUCGUGCCGCAGAAGGAGAGCCCGGGCCUGCCGGUCAUCAUGGUGGCGCGCAUGGAGCCGCCGCAUGUCGAGCGCCAGCCGCUGCCGAUCACGUACCAGCGGGUGGGCGCGCUGAUCGGGCACGUGCUGCCGGAGCGCGAGGGCGGGCUGCCCGUGGUGGUGGAGCCGCCGGUCACGCUGCCGCCCAGCACCAACGUGGUGGUGAAGUGGCCCGACGAGCGGCGGGCGGACGAGCGCGCGCCCGCCGCCCACCCGCUGGCCGACCACCUGCGCCUGCGCGACUUGGACGCGUCGUCACAGUGAAACGCAAGCGCCACACGCCGACGCCAUCGAACUGAGUGAAGUGAUUAGUAAAUACGCUGCCUCGAUCUAGCAGGGCGGUUCUGAUUCGGCCGGGUGCAUGGAAUUUUCUCAAAAUAGAUUCCGACUAGGUUUGCGAUGUACAAAGCCGUUUACGCUGAAUUGUAUCAAACAGAUAAUACAGUACAAUAAUUUAACGUCAAGCUAUGUGUAUGUGCCUUUAGAUUAUUAGAUAUAAAUAAACGUUUAAAGUUGUCGAAUUUGUUGGGUUUACAGUCGGUCUGCGUGAAUGUGAGGCCGUUGCCGAUCUAGUACGUUAUGGUAUAGUAACAAAAUUGAAACAAAGAUUAAAUAACUAGUAAAAUUUUUCUUUGUAUAAAUUAUUGAAAGUGAUCCAAAAAAAUAUGAAAUUGAGAUAUUAUUGUUAAGAUGAUAGAUAUGUAGGAUAAUUUAUAUUCGCCUAUUAACAUUACCUAAUAAAAUAUGUCUAACAAGCUAACUCUCUCUGACGCCCGUUAUUAUUAAAUGUUUGUCAAGUACGUGUGAUAAUGCCAUAAGAAUAAUAAACGAUUGCUUAGUAAGAA